UUUAAUACACUGCACAGCCAGAACGUUCUAGUGCUAACAAUUUGACGUUUGUUGUUAAUAGUUUAAUAUUGAUUGUUUGAAAGGUUUACGUUUUAGUGUAAUUUUGUCUGGCCACCAUAAAACGUGGGAACAGAGACACUACAAAAGCAUUGAAGAACAAAAGCACAUGCUGUGAUGGAGAGCUAUGACAUUCAAUCUAAGCCCAAGGGCCAGAAAACAGCGGACUAUUUCUUAAGUCUACCAAAUGAAGUCCUGGUGAAGAUUUUCUCUUACCUUGAAAUCCAUGAUGUCAUGUAUCUCAGCCUAGUAUGUAAGCGGUGGAACAGUGUUUCCAGCGCAGAUUCUUUGUGGGAAAAAUUUGUGCCAAAAUACCCAGGAAUAAAUCUCCCAAAAGCAAAGACCCAAAAGAAUAUUUUUCGAAAGCUCUGGUCUGAUGGAGUCCAAAUUGGAAAAGAAAGAUGGUUGCCCAACCCACUGCCUGAUCUUGUAGAAUAUAACAUUUCAUUGGAGAAACAUAAUAAAGAAAAUAUUCCGAAAGAAAGUGAUGAAAUAUUUUCACUGUCGAAGUGUAUGCUUUAUCUUCGUUUAAAUCCACUUUAUCAUUUCACUACUGAUGAGGUUAAACAUGAUGAUCCUCUCAUGGGGAAAAUUGUUCAUACACUUUGUGAUAAACUAGGACACAUUUGUAAACCUGGUGAUGAAGAGCCUGAUGUUCCUGUACCGGAUACAACAUCUCUCAUGGGCAUCGUCUUUUUUGGAGAUAAGAAAUUUGCAAUGUGGUUGAUUGCCUAUUGCUGUUACGAUUCACGAACGAGUGAGCAUUGUUUCCUGAAGAGGAAUGAGAAACUAAUCGAUGAAGAAGGCCGUAUUAUCGGCCCAGGAGUUGGUGAUGCUUUCUUAGUUCCGGGAGGAAUGUGUUUGAGCAAGAGCCUUUUUGAUCAAAUUCGAAAUAUUGUCGUUGGUACAAAUGACCGAUUUAUAAUUUAUAAUGUCGCUCUUAGUUAUAGAAAUGAACAAUUUGAUGAACUUCCCUAUGCGAGGCAAAUUUUAGUUAGCGACACAGCAGUCGUUCUUUGUGCAGGCCGAAGAUUUGCAACUUCGUAACUUCUAAAUUUAAAGGUGAUAUGUUUGAAACUUUUAACCCUACUUUCAGGGUAAUUGUCAAACCAAAUAAUUUUACGGGGUUUUGCAUUUGGAUCAAGGACGUCAAUCCAGAAGGGAGGGGUUGGGAACAAAUAUCUAAUUGUCCGCCAGUUUUUAACGUUUGUGACAAAAUCUUUUUACUUCACGAUUCAAAUGUUCGAUGUAUAAUUAAUACAAAUACAUAAUUAUUACUAUUAGCCUCGCAC